CGCUGUAUAUGUCUGAGUGUAUGUGUGCGCGUUGGUGCAGAAAAGUUAAAUUUUGUUACAGAAAUAAUUCGACAUCUAAAUGCUAAUAAUUUGUAAAACGAAUGUGCUAGUGUGCUGGUAAUAUUCAACAAUAAAACUCACAAGGGAGGAGCACCUGCAACCAAUGCUUCCUAAGCACGCCGAGGGCGACACUGACAAUGAUGAUGAUGAGCUCUGCCUGCCAGACAGCCAAAGUGCCACUGUGCUCGACAUUGCGCCAUUAGGGGGCAUAUGGAUUGGGAAUCCAAGUCAAUUAAUUAACUAAGCAGAAGACGAAAAUCCAAUCAACCACAUCAAAGGCAAAGCCUGCGACAUAUUUUCUAAUCGAAGCAUUUAAAAGAAAGCAUUCAAAAUGACGGUGGAUUUUAACGAUUAUUUUUGGGGUGAGAAGAACAAUGGAUUCGAUGUGCUCUAUCACAAUAUGAAAUUCGGACUGGUGGCCAGCAAGGAGCUGUCCGAAUUCUUGCGUGAGAAAUCCAACAUUGAGGAGCAAAAUUCAAAGAUGAUGUCUAAGCUGGCGCACAAAGCCAGCACAGGCACAUUGAACAGCACCUUUGCUCCAGUUUGGACCAUACUGCGCACCUCGGCCGAGAAGUUGUCCACGCUGCACAUGCAGAUGGUGCAAAAGCUCACAGAGCUGGUCAAGGAUGUGGCCAAGUAUGCCGAUGAGCUGCACAAGAAGCACAAGUGCGUCAAGGACGAGGAGUCGCAGACACUCGAGUGCGUGCAAGCGAUACAAACAUCGACGGUGGCGGUGCAAAAGCUGCGCGAUUUGUAUGCCAGCAAGGUGCAGGAAUUGGAGAAGUUACGCAAGGAUAACGGCUCGCACAAGGACGCCGAGAAGCUGGAAAGCAAGCUGAAGAAACUGCAAGAGGAGUACAAAGCGCUGCUCGACAAGCAUAAUCCGAUUAAAAACGAAUUCGAGCGUCGCAUGACACAAACAUGCAAGCGCUUUCAAGAGAUCGAGGAAGUGCACUUGCGGCAGAUGAAAGAAUUUCUGUCCACUUACUUGGAGAUGCUGCAGAACAAUCACGACAUGGUCGGUCAAGUGCAUUCCGAUUUCAAGCGACAAUUUGUGGACAUGUCUGUGGACAAGCUGCUGGAGCAGUUCGUGUUGAACAAAUACACGGGUCUCGAGAAGCCUGAAAUGCUCGAAUUGGAAUUUGUCACGCUGUCGGGCGGAUCACGAUUGCAGCCACAGCAGGCGUCUGCUGCCGCAUCCAACUCGAAUUCGGCAACCAGCAUUCAAGCUGCAUUACGUGCUGGUGGCGCCGCUGCAGCUGCCUCGGGCAGUUUGGUGUCAAUGGAUCAACGAGGCGGCGGCGGCAGCGGUGCUGGGGGCGAUGCUUUGGCUGGCAUAUCGCUGGGCAGCGGCAGCGCGGCCAGCGGUAGUAUUCCGUAUGCGGAUGAUGCGAUGCUGGGCAGUGGCGGUGCGCUGUCAUCGCCUCGACCCACUUCACCCGAAACACUAGGUGCACAGCCGGCCGCAGCCAGUGGUACAACGUCAACGGUGAAGAGUCUGCGCUCGUGGUUUAUGCCAACAGCCAGCAAACAGCAGCUGCAACAGCAACAGCAAAGUACCAGCACUGCGAAUUUCGGUAUGCCUGGCAACAGCAACAGUGCCAACAACAACAAUUACAACAACACGAAUAUCAUCACAACAACAGCAACAAGUGUCAAUUCGAACACGAACAACACAACAACUGGCACGAUUAAUUUCACCACCAAUGUCACCAACAAAAAUUCCCCUAACUCUGAGCAUCAGGAUAAUCAAGAUCAGCAACAACAACAGCAACACGAGCCGCAUGAGGUCUUAACACCAACUGCAAAUGUAGAUGGUCGAAAGCAAAUGAAUGCAACGACAAGCGAGCAGCAAUUAUCGAAAUCAUUAAACGAGCAAGAUCAUCUCAAUCAUCAGCAACAGCAACAACAGACUGCAGUGGGCAACAAUGGGGCCACGACAACAACAACAACAGCAACAACGUCCAGACGUACAACGUCACUUUUAAAUAUAUUCACAUCGAACUCUCAGGUUUCGGGCAUUUUGCGUAGUAGACGCGACAAGGCAAAAACCAAAAAGUCAAAGAAGAAGAAAGACAACGAGGCCGCUGACAAUAAGCAGGAGGAGCGUCUAACCAGCGCGGAGCGAGCCAAUAACACACUCUUGGACUAUGAUGAUCAUGGACGCAGCAUGAAGACUCAAAACUCAAGUGGCAGCAGUGCUGGAGGCGGCUUGGCUGCCUUGUCUGCCACCUCGGCUCAAGGCAGCGUCGAUUCGGCGGGUGUCAGCAGCAUGGGUGGCAGUGGAGGCGGUGCAAUUGGAACGGGCGCCACUGGCAAUGGUUUGGCUAAUACCAGCAACACCUCAGGAGCUGGGGCAGCGGGCUCGUCAACAGCGGGCACUGCAAAUGCGGCCAAUGCCAGCGGUGGUGGUUAUGAGGUGGAUGAGGAAGGAUUCAGCAUACAGCCAGCCAAGGAAAUUGCUUGGGAGGAGGGCCACGAUAAGUCUGGAAGCUUUUACUCCGACUCGGAUACGGAUUCAGACAACGACAAGCGACGCAUUCAUGUUAAGAUCAAGCCACUGAACAAUGGACAAGCGCCGAUUUCGGCCAGCGUGGAUGAGCUAAGAGCAACGGUGGAAAACAUCUCGUUGUCGCCCACUGGCGUAUUUGCGCAUCACAGCCAGCAGUUGCAAGGUGGCACACGUGGAGCAGUAGUCUCACGUCAACAAUCGCCAGAGAUUUCCAAUGCUUCAACGCCUACGGCCAGCGUGCAUCCGUAUGCACCGCUGCAGAGUCCGACGCUCUCCAACAACAAUGCCAACAAUGCGAGUCACAAUCGCUAUGCGGAUCUGGGCGACAUAUUCUCGGAGCUGGGGGAAAUGAGUGCCUCGGCGCCGCCAUCGGCCACGCUGAGCAAGCCGCCAGGUCGUCAGAUACCCACACCCACAUCAGCUGGUGGCAGCAGCAUAGUUAUACCGCGUCCUCCCUCACGUCGCUCGGAUAUGAUUGCCAUUGGCACAGCGGCAACUGCUGCAGCUGGCAGUGCGACAGUGGGACGCGGUCGGAUGAGUCCAGCGCCAGCAAUGAAUCGAGCGGACAGCAUUGGCAGUCUGGAGUUCCGAACUGCCAUUGGGGGCAUGGGAUCGUCGCGUGGUCCGUCGCCGCUCACGAUUGGCAUAUCGGACACAAUACCGCUGGCGGUUGCAUUCCAUGAGAUAAUCCACGCCUAUUUCAGAGGCAGCGAUGAGUCGCGUUGCCAGGUGAAGGUGUCCGGUGAUAUGAUGCUAUCAUUCCCAGCCGGCAUUGCCGGUCUGCUAGCCAAUAAUCCAAAUCCAGCCAAGCUGGGCUUUCGCAUAAAGCAAGUACAAAAUCUGGAUAACCUGGUGCCCAACGGCAAGUUGGUUCAGAUCGAUCGCCAACAGUCGAGCGCGAUGAGCACGCUGCUGGAGUUCAAUAUGCCAGCGUUGACGGCUUUGUUGCGACGUCAGGCGGAGAACAAUCCGAAUGCCUCGUACUUUAACGUCGACAUACUCAAGUAUCAGGUGCGCACCAAACCGGGCGCCAGCUCGUGUCCGUUCCAGCUGGUCAGCUAUUGGAAGUGCGAGCCCAGCUACACGGCGCUUAAAGUUGACUACAAGUACAAUAAUCAUGCCAUGGCCAGCGCCUCGCCGUUGCUGAAUGUAACACUCUCUGUGCCGGUUAAUGGCUCCGUGCGCAAUGUGCAAUCAAAGCCGCAUUCGUCCUGGUUGGGAGAAUCGAAUCGUUUGGUGUGGAACUUUACGGACAUUUCGCAGAAUUCGCAGGAUGGUGGCGUUGGCACGCUGCGUGCUCGGCUGGAGCUCAACGAUGGUCCCUCCACACCGGCCAUGCUGGCCACACAGUUCAAUUGCGAGGGCACCACACUUUCAGGCAUCGAAUUCGAGCUGCAAGGAAGUGGCUAUCGUUUGUCCUUGGUCAAGCGCCGUUUUGUGUCGGGCAAAUACGUCUGUGAAGGGGAUGGCAUACGCAGUGGUGCCACGCCCACACCGCCUUCGGUUGGCUCAACCAGUCCGUAUUCGGCUAAAUCGAAUUAAGGAACGUGACUAUUGGCUCGUGAAAAUCUAGCGAAAUUUCUAUCUAAAAAAACAGCAAAUGAAACGAAACGAAAUCCCAUUUGUAAUACGACAAGAGAGAAGCUUGCAAGAGGAGUUAUUGGCAUCACUUGAGUUUUGGUACUGUGAUUGGGUUUAUUCAUUAUGUAUUUUUGUAUCACUUGUACUACUGUUGAGUCUGUCGGAUCGUUCGGCAGACGGGAGGCCCAAUGUUUAGUGUGGACGUAACAAGUGGAUGUAUUAUCUGUUAAAUAUCUAUAUAUAUAUAAAUAUAUUUGUAUUAAUAUACACACGUAUAUAUAUUUAUAUGCUUAGAUAUGUAUUUAUUAUGUUUAAUUAAAUAUGAUGUAAACAAAACCAUGUAUGUAGCUAUGUAGAUAUACUAUAUAUAUAUAAAACACAGACACGACACUCACAUACACUUAUAGAGAGAGCAGCGUAUGAAAGGACGUUGAUUUUAUGUUCACUUUUCUACACGCAAAUACAACAAACAAAAAAAGGAAAAAACACAACCAAAUGUAUUAAAAUGAAUGCAAAAUGCAAGAUAUAUAAAAU